GAAAAUAAAAUUGUUUGUUUUUAGGAAGACGAGAGGCAAAGAGACAAACAGUUUGAAACAAUGAAGGAUGAUGAUAUUGAAGGUCAGGAGGACAAUACGUUAAACUUUGAUGGAGAUAUUCAGAUUACACCCUUCAAUCUCAAGGAGGAACAGCAGGAGGGGACAUUCAGUAAGGAUGGUAACUUUGUAUGGAAUGAGAAGAAGGAUGAUGUGAAGGAUGCCUGGCUGGAUGACGUGGACUGGGUUAAG